UGGCACAAAGUGUUGACUGUGGAUAACUCUGGAGGGAUAAUAUCGGGAAGCUUUUCAAGCUUAAAGACAGCACUUCUUUCCGGACAAAAACUGCAAAUAGUACUUGAAAGAGCUGAUAAUGCUACGCUCAGCUUUGUGAUGAAUUAUGCGUCAGUCAAUGAAACGGUAAUAUGUGGACAAUCUGAAAUAUAUGUAACAACUUGAAAAAUUGCAGAAUGGAGGAUUUAUUUUUUGUGUACAAAUGGUUGGGUUCAGCAGGGACAAAUCCGCAUGAACUUUACAGAAAAUGAAAACACCUUUGAAAAAAAAGACUACAACAAAAUUGACUGGUUUGUUUUUAAAGAUUCGUGUUUACAAGUUAUGAUCAGAGACACCAGUAAGCCGUACAUUAUUGUUGAAAAUAUGCAUGUGUUCUACUUAAGUGUUAUGGAAACGCAAGAUUCAUUUCUGAAAAUAAACUACAAAACCUAUACAGACAUAAUUGAUACCGAUGGAAUUGUAGAAAUGACAUCAAUAGGGGAAAUCUAUUCGACCUUUACAGGCAAUGAACUUGAGUAUGCUGAGAAGUUCACAUGGGUAACUACUAAAUACAAUUUUUCAAAGAUAGUUGAUGUAUUUAGAUGUAAAACAUCCGAAAACACACUUUGUGAACAGAGUUAUAAUGCAAUUAAUCAAACAGUAUACGUCGAUGGAAAUUGGGAAAAAAUAUUCAUCCAUAAUUCUGAAGGCAAUACAGUGUUUGGAUCUUUACAAAGUCUUAGGGAAAAGGUUUCAAAUGGACAUAGGCUACUUCUUCAUUUCCGUGGAAAGCUGAGAGAGCCAGACAUGAUCAUUUUUGAUAAGGAUAAUAUUACGACGGUGUUCUCGUUGUAUCCGCUGAAACCAUCUGAUUCUAACCAAGCUACUGUACUCUGGGAAAUGGUUUCCACUUCCGGUAAAUAUGAAACAGUUGUAUUUGACUUUUGGACCGGUAGUGUACUUAAUGAAACCAUAGGAACAAGUGAAUGUUCAUGGUUUGUUGAUAAAGCAGCGUGGACAAAUGUUUUGGAUUCUGAAAGUAACACGACGGAAAAAUUGGUCACUGCUUUCAAGUCUGGUUCCAGUAUACGUAUAAAGUCAAACUGCCUGCAUGUUAACGAGAAUUCAACUUCGUUUUCCUGUCUAUAUGGUGCGACUAGUGUUUUCCAGAGCAGAGGGUCAUCAAGAAUCGUAGCAAGGGCUAAUUUAUACCCAAGCCUUACACUUAGAAACACUGGACUGCAUUUUUCAAUAGAUGCAAAGCCAGUUUGGAUGGCUUUACGAACAAGUGCCCCUGAUGAUGUAAAAAGACGAUUGUGGUUGCAUGGACAGUCAUAUUUUGAAAAUGUUUUAAUGAUAAAUAGUCCUAACACUACGUGGUUCGCUAACUGAUAUAAUUCAUGUUUCAUCUGUUGUUUAAGGUACACUGACUCUACUUUACGUUUGACAAUUUGCUCCAGGGGAGCAAAAUACAGUAUUUUGCAGAAACAGUGUAUGACUACGAGGUUUAAGAAUGCGAUUGAUGAAUGGACAAUUCCAUGAAAAUUUCCUUUAUUAAAUGUCUCGUUGAAACCUUAUACCUCCAGACAUUAUGAUACUGUGUAUUGUACGUAUAUAGUAGAACUUGCUGUUACAUUUUAUACGCCAUGUGUAUUUAAACUGUAUGGUAGAACUUGUUGUUA